AUGACGGCGGGACGCGGAGCGGGGAGCCGCGCCGGACGCUCGGUGGCCGAGGGGCCGCUUCAGCUGUUUGGCUUUUUGCCCGUGACAAGGUUCCGUGAAAGCAAGAGCUGGAGGUUAAAAGCAAGGUUUGAGCGGCACUGGCUGUGUCGGAGCAUAGCUGAGCGUCGUGGUGCAGACCGGCAGGAGGAAGGACCGCGGGUCAGGAUUAAUUCCUCUGGUGAGAAUCUGAACCGAUGCUGUGAAAUGUUAGAACUGAACACUGCGAUUCAAAAACAGCUCUUCACAAUUCUCAAUGAAACAUCUCGAGAAGAUGGUAAUAAUGAAGGUGCAGAAACAAUAAAAAAACGUCUCUUGCCACAGCUAGGGACUUGUUUUAACUGUGCUACUUCAGGAAAGAGCUUUGAGAACAACUUCUCCAUCACUCAGGAUUCAGUUGGGAGUGAGAUGCAGCUGAGGGAACUGGACACCACACCUGAGACUUGUCCACUGCAAGACCUGGAGGAAAAACUGUCUUCAACUCGUCUGCAGAUCAACCAGAUGGAACAAGAUCUGAACACUUCCCGUGCUGAAGAGGAGGAUGCCCUGAAGAAGUUAGAGCGUCUGGAUGACUAUGAGCAGCAAAUUCAAACGCUGCGGGAUGAGAUUACUAUCCUGGAUGCCCAAAAGUCUGUUCUUCAGAGCAGGCUGGCACGGAGCCGCUCUCCUUACAGGCGCAGCGGGGCCAAGUCAGAGCGUUCCCUUCGCCCCAAGAGCUGGUCACCCGGCCGAACCAGGCACAUCAACGCUUCCCGGCGCGCCUGCCUGGUGGCUCGCUUCGGUUUCAUUUAUGCUCAGGAACGCUUCGAUGCAGAGACCCUUUUGAGGACUUACAUCAGUGACGUGGAGAUGGUGCAGAGGAUAAUAUACACUGCAGCUGUGGAAUCUUUUUAUGCAGCAAAGAUGGCCUACUGGAAGUUCAAAAUACAUGUAAAAGAGGCUCUGUCUCUAAGUCACUCGGGGCCUGAGUCACUUGAAGACACUGUGCUGGAUUAUAUAGUUUGCCACAAGGAUGAGUAUGAUGUUCAUGCCAGUGUCAAGGAAGUAAUUCGCUCCAUGAACAUCAACCCAAAGAUUUCAUUUCCACCAGAAAUUGAUUUCAUUGUGCUCAGCACUUUGAUUCAAGAGUUGUGCUGUUUGGCUUUUUCAAUGCAGACACUCAUUCCUCCUCUUGAUGUUGCCUUUGGUAUUGAUGGAGAACUUUUCAAUGAGACCAAGUACUAUCGUAGUCCUGACUCAGAUUUCACAGCUGCCUUUGUGGCCUAUCACGUAUGGCCUGCUCUGGUGGAAGAUGGUGUUGUAAUUGUGAAGGGAGAGGUAGUCACUAAAAGGGUAUCUCUGUGCUUUCGCAGAAGUAAAAUCAGAAGCAGAAGCUGCAGCUGUAGCACCCGUCGUCUCCUAUCUAGUCAUUCGUUUCGAAGCCGCAGUUUUUCACCACUGAGGAGCAGAAGGUGUUAACUAAAUAUGUUCCUGUGGUUCGGUACAUCUGGAUCCAACAACUUCACUGGUGCCUAUUCUCUUCAGGAAUACCUCAAAUCUCUCAAUAAUAUGAAUGGCAAUUGUCAUUUCAAAUGGAGUUUGUGUUCAGUGUGUUUUUUAGAAUUAUGGAAGGCUUAUUUAUAAUUUGACAAA